GAAUUGGUUGUUAGCUAAACUGUAGCACAUAUUCCGGAGAGAAGAAUAAUUUGUUAUAAAGUUCCUAAAGUGAUGUUUAUAAUACUACGUAAGGGCAGACUGUUUAAUGCUGGGUCUGGUGUACCAUGAACCUUGUAUUUUAUUGAAUGGGGACUGUUAAUCUCACGAUUAUUCUCGUUCAUGGUCCAUCAGAGUCAUUCAGUGCACCAUCCCCCGCCCCUUUGUGUGUGUUUAUGUCCAGGCCAGCCUUGAAUUCUAGUUGCCUACACCUCUGUUCUUUACUAUAUUUAAGGGCUGGAGUCUAAUAAAACAACUUGCUGGGCGGUGGUGGCCCACACCUUUGAUCCCAGCACUUAGGAGGCAGAGGCAGGUGGAUCUCUGAGUUCAAGGCCUGCCUGGUCUAGAGAGAGAGUUCCAGGACAGCUGGGGGUUCAUAGAGAAACCUUGUCUUGACCCUCCCCCCCAAAAAAAAACCCAAAAAACAACAACAACAAAAGACAAACCAUUUUAGGGACUAGAAGUGUGCCUUAGUGGUGGAGUGCUUGUCUAUCAUGCCUAUCCUGUCUUCAGUCCUCAGCACUGGGGUAAGAGUGGGGAGGGGCAGAUAAGCACUCUCCCCCAAAGCCCCCCAAUAACGUAACCUCUUAAGGCUGCUAAUAUUGUCACUUGAAAUAAAAAAUGUCUGUCUUUGGGGUCAUUGUUAAAAAACAAAUGAUUUAUUGGUUUAAUUUGACCAGAUUACACAUUGUUACACUGUAGGGAGUGUUGGGUUUUUCUUAAGAUUAGAAACAGCUUUCUGUUUUAUACGUUUCAUCUCAUUGUAUGACUAGUAGUUGGAGGAAGGAAUGUUGUGUGGUCUGAAGUUUUUGUUUUGAUGUUAGAUGUUGAACCCAGGGCCUUUUAUAUAUUAAACACAUGCCGUACAACCGAGUCACAUCUCCAGCUCUGGCACUCUGUUUUCUGCUACAGUGGACACUGAUGAAGUCCCAGCUAAAAGACCAAGAUUAGAUUGCUUCAUUCACCACGUGAAAAACAAUUUCUACAAUGUUGCGAGUUUAUUUAGAUUGCCAUUACAGCUGACCACAAAACCCAUGGUGUCUUCUGCUUGUAAUGGAACACGGAAUGUGGCCCCUUCAGGAGAGGUAUUUUCGAACUCUUCGUCUUGUGAUCUGACGGGUUCUGGAUCCUGCAACAGCAUGCUGAAACUGGGUAAUAAAUCUCCUAAUGGAAUUAGUGACUAUCCAAAGAUCAGAGUGACAGUGACCCGAGAUCAGCCACGCAGAGUCCUGCCUUCUUUUGGUUUUACAUUGAGAUCAGAAGGCUAUAAUAGAAGACCAAGUGGCCGUCGCCAUAGCAAAAGCAAUCCAGAGAGUUCCUUAACAUGGAAACCUCAGGAGCAGGGUGUAACAGAGAUGAUUUCUGAAGAGGGUGGCAAGGGUGUGAGGCGGCCCCAUUGCACUGUGGAGGAGGGUGUCCAAAAGGAUGAAAGAGAAAAAUACCGAAAGCUAUUGGAGCGACUUAAAGAAGGUGGUCAUGGAAACACUCUCCCUCCUGUUGCUUCACAUCAUAGUUCUCAGAGAAGUCAGAUGGACACAUUAAAGACCAAAGGCUGGGUGGAGGAGCAGAGUCAUGGAGUCAGGACAACCCACUUUGUUCCAAAACAGUACAGAGUUGUUGAAACAAGGGGACCUCUCUGUUCAAUGAGAAGUGAGAAGAGGUACUCAAAGGGAAAAGCUGAUACAGACAAGGUGGUAGGACUCCGCCUGGAAAAGGAAGGUACAAGGGGACACCAACUGGAGCCCGACCUAUCUGAAGAAGUCUCUGCCCGGCUUCGCCUUGGAAGCGGAAGCAAUGGCUUACUCAGGAGGAGAAUGUCAGUGCUCGAGGCAAAGGAGAAGAGCUUCCCGAGCAGAGAGAAGGAGAGAAGAGCAGACCUCUCUGAACUUACAGAGGACAUGGAAAAGGAAAUCAGUAAUGCCCUGGGCCAUGGGCCACCAGAUGAGAUCCUAAGCAGUGCUUUCAAAUUGCGAAUUACUCGAGGAGAUAUCCAGACCUUAAAGAACUAUCAGUGGCUCAAUGAUGAGGUCAUUAAUUUUUACAUGAAUCUUUUAGUGGAAAGGAGUAAAAAGCAAGGCUAUCCAGCACUUCAUGCAUUCAGUACAUUCUUCUAUCCUAAAUUAAAGUCUGGGGGUUACCAAGCAGUGAAAAGAUGGACCAAAGGGGUAAAUCUCUUUGAACAAGAACUUGUUCUGGUACCUAUUCAUCGGAAGGUGCAUUGGAGCCUGGUGGUAAUGGACCUAAGAAAAAAGUGUCUUAAAUAUCUAGAUUCUAUGGGACAAAAAGGCCACAGGAUCUGUGAGGUUCUUCUUCAGUAUUUGCAGGAUGAAAGUAAGACCAAAAGAAAUACAGAUCUCAAUCUCUUAGAGUGGACCCACUACAGCCUGAAGCCACAUGAGAUUCCUCAACAGUUGAAUGGGAGUGAUUGUGGAAUGUUUACUUGUAAAUAUGCAGAUUAUAUUUCUAGGGACAAACCUAUCACAUUUACUCAGCACCAGAUGCCUCUCUUCCGGAAGAAGAUGGUGUGGGAAAUCCUCCACCAGCAGUUGCUGUGACAAUGCCCUGCCCUGGGCCUUCUAGCUGCUGGUGGUUCUUUCAUGGAUGUUUCCAUAUACCUCAUGCAUUAUGGGUUAAAAGUCCCCGUAUCAUUUCUGUUCUCUCACAGGUACUGAGCUAUCAAGAGUGCAUGAAGGCCUCUCCACAGUAGCCCUGACUUGAGGUGUGGAGGGGCUGCUUGCAGCCCUGUUUGUAAGGCUGUGCCUGCCCAGAGCCCUGGACUGUUCACCCCAUACAAGAACAAAUGCUCAUUAAUAUUUUUUGUGUUAAAGAGUUAUUUCCAUAUGAAUGUGGGAAAUGCAGGAUUUGUUCUAUGAAUUGUUGUUUUCUGUAUAUUUGUUCACAUGUAUUCAUUCACUCACUCAUUUGCAAACAUUGGGCAGUGCCCUUUUCUCACUGCUCUUUUAUAAUUAACUAUAAAUAAUUUGUUUGAACUAUUUAUUUCUGAAAAGAAUGUAAUCUAACUGCCACUCCCUGCUGCAGAGGGACCUCAGCAGGGGGAGGAAGGGAGUGUUGACUAGCUUCUGUAGUGCUGGAGUAGGAACUGCCCACAUGAAGUUAACGUUCUCCCUUUAGAGGCUUGAAAAUGCCAGAAGAAAUGAUGAUGCUGUGUUGUAGGGAUCUAGCUGCCUCUUAGAGAGUCUGCCGCUAUGACACGGGCACAGUUCAUGGAAAUGUGGCCAAGGACCUCAGUCUCUGCGUCCUCAGAGCAGUGCGUGCUCAUCUUAGAGACUUUCUUUUUUAGAACUGAAGUAGCUUGGCUUCCUCUCGAAACUGGAUUCAAAGUGACUGUGACCAUAAAUGUUUCAUCCUAGGUGUGGUUGAGUAUGACCCUCACAAUGGUAGAGGGCUGGCCUGAGUUGUCUGUUUCAGAAGAUGCUCCUCAAUUUAAGCCUAUUUUUCCUCAGAGGUUUUUUUUAAUUUUAAUAUAUAAAUAUAUAUAAAGCUGAAAUUAAGUUCUUGGCUCAUUAGCAUGCCCUACUCCAGUCCCACUGAGCCUCCGGAGAGAGAUUUAGUACGUGGCUCUGAGGUCAUCUUUUACAGUCAUCUAUUUUGCAUAUGAAAGUUUGUAUUUAACUUUUUUGUUCAUUAAAAAUCUUACAGAUGUGGUUAUGCAUUUUUAAUUUCAGAAAGUUGGUCAGAGCUUAUUUUACAAGAUCUAGUGCCUAGUGUUGCUUUUAUCAUGUAAUAAAAGACUGUCUGGCAGAACCUAGAA